AUGAUUGCAGUUGGAAAUGUGAACGCGCACUGGUGUGGGUCAUUGGCUAGCAGCUCAUGCGGACUGGAUGUUCGUGCAGGUCCAUUACUUCGGACUGCCUCGUUCUCACUGCGUUUGUGCGGUGUGUGUCGCAAAUGUGACGAAGUCCGCCGAUUCAGCUGCAUUUUACGCGCCAGCGAAAUGUCGCUAAUCGUGAUGUUGUGUGCGCAGUACGAGCGUGCCAUUGUGUCAGUUGGAAAUGUGAACGCGCACUGGUGUGGGUCAUUGGCUAGCAGCUCAUGCGGACUGGAUGUUCGUGCAGGUCCAUUACUUCGGACUGCCUCGUUCUCACUGCGUUUGUGCGGUGUGUGUCGCAAAUGUGACGAAGUCCGCCGAUUCAGCUGCAUUUUACGCGCCAGCGAAAUGUCGCUAAUCGUGAUGUUGUGUGCGCAGUACGAGCGUGCCAUUGUGUCAGUUGGAAAUGUGAACGCGCACUGGUGUGGGUCAUUGGCUAGCAGCUCAUGCGGACUGGAUGUUCGUGCAGGUAGGAUUCCUCAAUUUAACGGUAUAUUUUUGUGA